CUUCGACAGAUACUUCGUAAGACACACUUGCAGCACAAGAUCGUUACACGCGUGACGAUACGCCUUAGAUCGUGACGUCCACAGCAACUACCAAGCUUUUUACGAUCAAUAGUACAGCAUGUCUGAGACCAAAGACACCAUCACUCCCUUCACCUCUGCCGCACCUCACAUGGAGCCUGCCACGGCGACUACCACUCAACCUGAGCUUUCGACCGCAGGGCACAACGUCUCUAACGAGGCGGGGAAGCCGCUCGUUAAUGGCGAGCUAGCCAACCAUAGCCACCACACUUCCACUGUUCCGCUGUCGAACACGCAAGACGAGAUCACCCCUGUGAACGCCACUCCCGCAACUGCUCCAGUAGAAGAGACCAAGCCAGCUGCAGAGAAGACCGUCGAGCCACUCACGGAAGGUCUGCUUGGAUACAAGGGCCCCGGCCUGCUCAAAUCCCUCGUGCCUACCAAGAAGGAAUUUUGGCUCAGCGACUUGCCAGUAACGCCGCAGCAUAUGGACCUCUUCAUGCGCGGUGAGAAGCCAGAGGUGUCCAACGCCAUUGUAGCAUGGGCUAGCCAAACCGGCAAGGGUCUGUUAUUCUUCAACAAGAAGGGCGAGUCCGACCGGAAGCGACCGCAAAGCGUGAUACCAUUGUACGACGCAGAGGCUCUGAAAAAGGAAGGCCCGCAUGACAUCCAUUUCCGUGUGCAUGCACACCAGCACACUCUCAAGGCUGCCAACGAGACCGAGCGUGAUGGCUGGUACAUGUCGCUCGAGCGUGCCAUGGAGAUGGGCAAGGCGGAGAAGGAGUCUAUGCGUGCCAGUGAAGGCUACAAGGCGGAGAUGGAGAAGCUGACCGGGCAGGGAUGAGGUUGACACUGACCGCAAGCACAAGAGCCGAUCGACAUCGCGCGGCGUGCUCGGCCGUCUGAACCGCAAGAAGGACGAGAUGGAAGCCAAGCGUGAGGAGAAGAAGGAAGAGAAGGAGGAGGCAAAGGAGGAGACGAAGAU